AUAUGCGAAUACGCAGCGGAUGGUGCAGCAGCAGCCAGCAGCUGCCGCCACGCGUCUAAAGAGUCUCUAGAGAUCCUCAGCUUCGCUCGCAUCAGCGAGGCCAAGUCAUUUCUUAGCGGGGAUACCCAAAGGCGGUUUCAGGGGGCCCCCCAGGGCUCGGGAGAGGGGCCCCGGGGGCCCCCCUUCAAAGAGCUGCGGAGGCCUUCUUUUCUACCCCCCAUUAACCCCGAGCUCACAGGAGAAUCCUCUCAGCGGCAGCAGCAGGGAGCAGCAGCAGCAGCAGCAGCAGUAGAGGCACGCCCGAGGGGAGAGUCGCAGCAGCGAAAACAGCAGCAACAUUCCAGCAGCAGACGCAGCAGAUGCAGCAGCAGAAGAAGACUUCUACGAUGCAGAGGAUUCCCCGUCUGA